AUGACGAAAAGCCAAUUGCUGCCCGAGUUUUUGGAGUACUUCUCCAGCAAAUUCCCCAGCGCACCUGUGAAGAUGGAGAUCCUGGGCAAGAAGGACAUCGAGACCACCACCAUGGCCAACUUCCACUCGCAGGUCAGGAGGAGUUACUCUCAUGGGACUUACCGCGCCGGAGCCAUGAGGCAGAUCAGUCUGGUGGGUGCUGUGGACGAAGAGGUGGGAGAUUAUUUCCCAGAGUUCCUCAGCAUGCUGGAGGAGUCGCCCUUCCUGGAGCGCACCCUGCCGUGGGGCACAUUCUCCAGCCUAACGCUGCAGAGCCCGACUGAGAGUGACGACGGCCCCAUCAUGUGGGUUUGGCCGGGCGAGCAGAUGAUCCCCGUCACUGACAUGCCCAAAUCCCCCUUCAAGAGGAAACGGUCGACCAAUGAGAUCAAGAAUCUGCAGUACCUGCCGCGCGCCAGCGAGCCCAGAGAGAUGCUGUUCGAGGACCGAACCCGAGCGCACGCAGACCACAUCGGCCAGGGGUUUGAGAGGCAGACCACUGCUGCGGUGGGGGUGCUGAAGGCGGUGCGCUGCGGAGAGGAUGCUGAUCCUCCACGCGUCACCAAAGAUGUGAUCUGCUUCCAUGCUGCUGAUUUCCCGGAUGUGGUUCAGCGGCUGCAGCUCGACCUGUAUGAGCCGCCUCUGUCUCAGUGUGUGCAGUGGGUAGAUGAUGCGAAGCUCAACCAGCUGCGGCGAGAGGGAAUCCGCUACGCUCGAAUACAACUCUAUGAUAACGACAUCUACUUCAUCCCUCGCAACGUGGUUCAUCAGUUCAAGAGUGUGUCGGCGGUGUGCAGUCUGGCUUGGCAUGUGCGGCUGAAGCAGUAUCACCAGCAGGAGGCGAUGGUGCACAGUUCUGACUGUAGGCCGGCGGAGGGUGGAGGGCAGGUGAAGGUGGAGCGACCGGCGGAGGGUGGAGCACAGGUGAAGGUGGAGCGACCACAGGUCAAUGUGGAGCAACCGUCAGAAGGUGGAGUGCAGUUGAAGAUGGAGCGACCACUGGUGAAGGCGGAACAACAGGUGGAGGGUGGAGUGCAGGUGAUGGCAGAGCGGCCGCAGGUGAAGGCGGAGCGACUGGCAGAGGGUGGAGUGCAGGUGAAGGCGGAGCGACCACUGGUGAAGGCAGAGCGAGUGGCUGAGGGUGGCGUGCAGGUGAAGGCGGAGCGACCGCUGGUGAAGGCGGAGCGAGUGGCAGAGGGUGGCGUGCAGGUGAAGCCGGAGCGCCCGCUGGUGAAGGCGGAGCGACCGCUGGUGAAGGCAGAGCGACCACUGGUGAAGGCGGAGCGACCGGUGGAAGGUGGAGUGCUGGUAAAGGCGGAGCGACCGCUGGUGAAGGCGGAGCGAUCGGCGGAGGGUGGAGUGCAGGUAAAGGUGGAGCGACCGGUGGAGCGACUGAAGACUCUUCCUCACAGCCUGAACGCUGCACCCACACCUGACGGACGAGCCAAAGACCAGAGCGAAUAUUCAAACACACACAAACACAUAUCAACAACAGCCAAACACACACACACCCCCACACCAACCAAACACACACACACCCCCACACCGACCAAACACGCACACAAUCCAUCAUCCAAAUAUUUCCAUUCUUCUGUUCCCAAAGUGGGCCACACCCCCUCGACACCCACUAAACUCAGUCAUUCUGCCAACAGCAGCAAACCAGCACACACCACCAACACGAGCAGGCCAACACAGUCCACUAACAACAGCAGACCAACACAAUCAUCUAACACACACCAUCCAACACACUCCAGCAAACCAACACAAACGAGCAGCACAACCAAACCCACACACUCCAACCCAACCAAACACACACACCCCACACUAACAACCAAGCCCAGCCCCAGUCUGAGCACUGGACUCACUCAGCUGGAAGGCUCCGCCUCUGGUCACGCCCCCUCUGAGGCCAGACCGCCCACAGGACUCUCUGCACGCGAAGUCCGUCAGAGCGCAUCCGCAUGAACCACACAAAGACUGUUUAUACUGAUCAGCAGAGGGGUUUAAAUGGCACUUGAUUUAAUCUCGUUUGUUUGGACUGUGUUUCUCUUCCUGCGUGGAGCCGCCGGGCCGCUCUGUGCUCAGCGCCUGCUGUUCUCUGUCUGCCGGUCCUCCUUCUCCUGCUAGCGUGGUCCAUAUGUAGCUCGUAGCUCCUCAGUGCCUGUCCGUAACUGUGAAAGAUGGACUGCACUGAGAAACACACACACGCAGCUCCUGGGAUGAUCUAUUUUCAGCGUUGGGCUUCAGUGCUAUUAGAGCUGACGUCCACAUCUCUAUUUUUUGUAAGAGGACACAGAAUUAAAGACUCUACAGGCUGACCCAUAGAGCUUAUUUAUAUCAGGUUUCUUUGGUUCUGUUGUACUCGUCAGCGCUGUAGUGUACAGAACGGUUUUCUAAAGCAGAUGUGUCCUGUGAUUUAUACUGAAAGAAGAGCCUCCUAAUAAAGGGUUCGCUUUGA